ACGUGGACAGCGGGACAGGCGCAUCGAACGCGAUUCGAAGGAAGCCCCGUAGCGCCGUAGUGGCGGGUGGCGGUUUCGGGGCCGAGCUCGGCCAUAUUUCCUCUCGUGGGUCUCACUGGCAAGAGAGAAGGUGGUGCUGUUCCAACGGCGAGACAAUUUUCAAGGAGGCGAUGAUCGUGUCGCGCGCGCGCGUCUCGUAACCGAUUAUCGUGCAGUGUAGUGCAGUGCGGUGAAGCGAUCCAAGCUUAACCGGACUCAAGGAUGUCCAAGGGAAGCGGCAAUCCGGCCGGCAGGCGGCCGUCGUCGCGCAAUGCGAAGCCCUAUGACGCGAACAACUCAUUUGUAAGAAAAAUGGCAACAAAGGUAACAGAUUUUAUACCACAAUCAUCGUGGAUUAGUAAGUGGUUCAAUCCUCUCCAAGGUAAUGAGGAUGCAUUAGAGAGUAGAGAGAAUAUCGAGGAAACGGGAGAUGAUACCCAACAGCCUCCUCCUAACAAGCGAUCACGUAUUUGUAUGGAUACUAUUCAUCCACCUGGCACAUUUUCUAUACAAACAAGAACUAAAAGUGCAUUAAACACGAUUGAGCAUUCUAAGGAGCAAUUUCCUGUUCAUAAUGAGGAUUUUUCGGAACUUGCAAUGGCUGGACCAAGUGGAAUAGGCCGUUUAAUAUCUUCGACUCCUGCAAUGCAAGCAGACAUUAGGACUGUAACGUCACACAAAUCUGAUUUAAAUUUAGCUUCAUCAAUUAAUAAUGGGAUAAUGAAUGGAAUUGAUGAUAAUUCGGAGUCAAGUGAAAGUACCAGUGGAUGCAGUUCACUUAUUCCACAAAUAAAUAGACACGAAGGCCCAUCAAAUUUAUACAAUUCAACAUUUACCAAUAGAAAGAGACACAUUGAUGAUAAACUGACAUUUACUAAUCAUUUACAAUCUCCAAGAUCCUUGUUUUUAGACAGUAAUUCUCGCGAUACUUUAAGCAGUCGUAGACCAAGUUUUAACGCAUCAGUUAUGACAAAUGUUCUAGACCGCACAUCUCCUCUGUCCUCCCCUUUUUAUAGUGGUAAUAUCACUUUUGGGGGUGCAAAUGCAGCAGGUUUUUACAAGCAAAGUCGUAAUGUUUUUAAUAAUUCAAGUGAGUUACAACUUAAAGUACCAAGGAGGACGAAUGUUGAAGUUCAACCUUCCAAUGCAGUAGAUGAUUCUUCGGGUAUGAGCCAAACUGCAAAAAAAAUAUUGGAAGCAUUAGAACAUUUUUCGUCACCUAUAUCUGAUGCAAAGAAGAUUCCAUUAAAAACCCCAAAUAAUACUUUAUUGUCGGUAAUGAGCAAAAAAAGGGCGCGAGAAGAAGUAGCGAACCCAUCUGCUAGGGUCGGCUUGCGUCAUUUGACGCGCGAAUUGACAGUACCAAUCGUUCCCGAUAUAUUGAAACUAAGAAGACGACAAAAAUUACAAGAUACAACCCUUGCAGCUAGGAAAAUUGUAUCUUCUCGCAGUGAUCCACCUCCGCCUCCACAGGAAUAUUGUUUGAGGAUGGAUGAUGCUGAUAAUGAAAAGUAUCGUGGCAAGCUGAAAGGCAAAUCUAAAAUAAAUCUGGAACAAGAAGAAACAGUGGCACCUGUAAAUUUGCCGAAUGUACCUCUACCAAUAACAACGUUACCCAAUUUCAAUUUUACGCUACCAUUUCCUGCUUUACAUUCUGCAGGAAAAACUAUAGCAAAUAAAGAAAACACUUUCACAUUUGCUAGCCCAAUUAAAAUACCAGAUGUUGAAAAAAAUUUUCAAUCUGUCAACAAUUACACUUUUAGUAAUCCAAUCAAUACUGAUGAUAGCACAAGUAAAACAAAUGAUUCGAGCUCUUGUUCGAUAAUAGAGAAUAUUGGGUCUACUGCAUUCUCCUCCACUGAUAGUACGACCACGUCUAUGCCGAAUUUUAUUUGGUCCAGCUCGUCUACAGCGCCUAGACUAAAACCAAAAAUAAAAAACAACAAGAAUGAUUUUGUCGAAUUUGCGGUAGCGCAUGAACAAAAGUCGGAAAGUGUUAUGAAUGUAUCGUGCUCCAAGUCUAACAAAAUAGAAUCUAUUUUAACUGAACAGUCAAGCUCGGGAUUAGUUUCUGAAACGACACAUACGGAUAAGAUUGCCAGUGCAUCUAUCAGCCCAGAUUCAGAUAUCAAGAAUACACAUGAUACCAUGUUGUCUUGGGAGUGUAGUGAAUGUUUGAUCAAGAACAGUGGCACAGACAAACAGUGCACUGCGUGUCAAGUCGCUCGAUCAAAUCCUAAUGAUAAAACUUUGUCAACAUGCUCAACAUCAACGACGGAUACUGUCGUAAAGUCGAAACCAGUCGCAGACGAUUGCUUCGGCUCUCAAUUUAAAUUAUCUACAAAUCAAUGGGAGUGUACAACAUGCUGCAUAAGAAACAAGCAAAGUGAUGUCAAAUGUGUAGCAUGCUCUGCGCUAAAACCAGGAAGUAAUACAGAUGCGAUACAGCAAACUGUCAAGUCUCAAAACUAUGAUCUAAUGGAGAAGUUUAAACCGGCUGAAGGAUCAUGGGAAUGUCAUGGCUGCUUGUUAAGAAACGCUCCGAACGUUAUUACAUGUCCUUGUUGUAAUGCAUCUAAACCUACUUCCAUAAGAACAAACCUAAAGAAGACAGAUACUGUUACAGAAUUAUCAUCACAAAAAUCGAACACUGAUGAUACAGACAACAUGGCAAUACAGGAAACAACAUCUAAUAAUUACCAAAUAAUGGACAAAUCACCUAAACCUACUUCCAUAAAUACAAACACGAAAAAGACAGAUACUGUUACAGAAUCGUCCUCACAGAAGUCAAACACUGUUGAUACAAACAACACAGCAAUGCAGGGAACAACAUCGAGUAAUAACGACUUAAUGAACAAAUUUAAACCAAGCAAAGAUUCCUGGGAGUGUCCAGGGUGCCUUGUGAGAAACAACAACUCUAUUACUACCUGUCCUUGCUGUAGCACCUCUAAACCUAAUUCUCUUGGUGGACCGAGCAACGCAGACCAGACAUCGACCAAUGGAUUUGGAGACAAAUUUAAAAAGCCGGAAGGUUCGUGGACUUGCGAUUCUUGCUUGCUACAAAAUGACGCAAACCAUACAGAAUGUGUGGCUUGUCAAGCUUUGAAGCCUGGUACUGUAAAAUCAAACAAACCUGCAUCGAGCACUAGCUCUACUUUGCAGUUCAAAUUUGGUGUACCAUCUAAUACGUCAAACUUAGCUAACCAACCAAGUGGCUUUAAUUUCGGCAUAGAUAAAGCUGAUAAUCACUCUAAUUCUGAUACUGCAUCUCCCUUAAAUGGAUUUAAAUUUGGUGCACAGCAAGUAAUGCAUAACACUUCCACGAAUGCAACGACUACUUGUCUUCCAACUUUUGCUCAACCUACUUUCACAUUUUCCCAUUCAAAGACAUCUCAGUCAGCCACGAUACCAACUUUCGGCCAAGUUCCGACAUCAUCCGUCGCAUUAUCUACGAAUCUACCGUUUGGAGAAAACAAGUUAGCUGAAACAUCCACUUCGUCGUCUAAUAAAUCCAUAAGUGAUACACCAGGGCUCUUCCCAAUCGUGUCAAGUUCAACGUCGAUCUUCAACAAUAAUGAAUCGAAAACGUCGAUAGCAUUCGGCACGGAUAAACCGACAUUUGCUACAACAGACAGUAGCAAGUCAUCAGGAUUUGCCAUGCCCGAGAAAAUUCCAUCAUUCGGCAGUAACACGCAAGAUAGUAAGCCAUCAAUCUUUGGGACGCCAGAAACGAAAUUACCCGCUGUAUUUAAUUCACCCGCGGUAAAUCCUCUACCGACGUUCGGCAUACCGUCCAGCAGCAGCACUACUCUGUCGCUCUUUGGAUCAUCCAAUAAUUCUGCAGCUUUCGGAAACAACACUACGCCCGCUUUUGGCGGCACCGCAACGACGUCCGCUACUCUAUUCUCAUCUACUAAGACCAGUGUCGAAACUAACCCAGCAUCGAAUUCUUUAUUUAAAUUUGGCUCGGCAUCGUCACAGCAACCAGCGACAGGCAGCGGAUCUCAAACGAAAUGA